CCCGCCCCUUGGUGGCCCGCGCCACGGGCGACGGAGUGUCUCUGCUCCCAACUUCCGCGUCGACCCACCCAUCGCGAGAUUUUGGCGGCGCAGCAAUGGCAAGACCAUGCCGCGACACUGCUCCGCCGCCGGCUGCUGCACACGGGAUACGCGCGAGACUCGCAACCGCGGCAUCUCCUUCCACAGACUUCCCAAGAAAGACAACCCCAGGCGCGGCUUGUGGCUGGCCAACUGUCAGCGGCUGGACCCCAGCGGCCAGGGCCUGUGGGAUCCGACCUCUGAGUACAUCUACUUCUGCUCCAAACACUUCGAGGAAAACUGCUUUGAGCUGGUGGGAAUCAGUGGGUAUCACAGGCUGAAGGAGGGGGCAGUCCCCACCAUAUUUGAGUCUUUCUCCAAGUUGCGUCGAACAGCCAAGACCAAGGGGCAUGGUUAUCCACCUGGCCUGCCUGACGUCAGCCGGCUCCGGCGAUGCAGGAAGCGCUGCUCCGAAAGACAAGGACCCACGACUCCGUUUUCUCCACCUCCUCGUGCUGAUAUCAUCUGCUUUCCUGUGGAAGAAGCCUCAGCGCCUGCCACUCUGCCUGCCUCCCCAGCUGUGAGGCUGGACCCUGGCCUUAACAGCCCCUUCUCAGAUCUCCUGGGCCCUCUAGGUGCUCAGGCAGAUGAAGCGGGCUGUAGCACACAGCCCUCACCAGAGCUGCACCCCUCCCCUCUCGAGCCACAGCCUGCCUCCCCGUCUGCAUACAUGUUACGGCUGCCACCUCCUGCUGGAGCCUACAUCCAGAAUGAGCACAGCUACCAAGUGGGGAGCGCCUUGCUCUGGAAGAGGCGAGCUGAAGCAGCUCUUGAUGCUCUGGACAAGACCCAGCGCCAGCUGCAGGCCUGCAAGCGGCGGGAGCAGCGGCUUAGGCUGCGACUGACCAAGCUGCAGCAGGAACGGGCACGGGAGAAGCGAGCACAGGCAGAUGCCCGCCAGACUCUAAAGGACCACGUACAGGACUUUGCUAUGCAGCUGAGCAGCAGCAUGGCCUGAGAGAGGGACUACUCUGGCCUCUUUUACUCAGAGACACUUGACUGGAACUGCAUCCACUGGGCUGGCCAAAUGUCACAAUAAAGUGGAUGCUAGAAAGAAACUGCUGUUUGGCUCAGCUGGAGGUGCCUGGCUCCUCCCCAGACCAUGGCCAAAAGCCCUAGAGAGCUCAGAUCCUGGCAUGCCACCUCUUGACCCUGGGGAAAUCUGUUUGCAGUCCCUCUGCCUGUUUAGUUACUCAUGUAAGAAAGUCAGCUCCUCUGAGAUUAGCUCUGCCCCUGCCCCCUCUUUGAGUCAGGGUUUCAUGUAGUCCAGGCUAGUGUGUUUAUAGCCAUACAGAUAUGUGCUAUCAUGCCCAGUGUCAGACUUGGAAUGUACAAGCUUCAGCCCACAGGCCUCAUCUGUUUGGCCAGCCCCUUGCACCGACCACACUCCUGGCCCCUUUGCCCUCAGAACCAACAUAGGGUACCCUACACUUGUCAGGCUGUAAGACCGUACCUAGAGAAAGGCUUUUGGAGAUAGUGUUUGAGGUCCUGGCCUAGGUACUAUAUACCUUGGGAACGUAGGCUUCUCACUCCAGCCAUGUCCAUGGCAAACAUCAAGUAUACGCCCUCUCCCUGCUGUUCCUUAGCCACACAGCUCAAGUACAGUUGAGGUGAUGGCU